AUGAAUAGAGGCCACAUUCCAGGCUAUUAUUUUGACGAAGAAAAGAAGAAGUACUUCAAGAUCCAGGCAAACCAUAUUGCCCCCGAGAAUGCCAAGUACAACAAGACCAACGCGAAGCUCGAACUGCGUGAGAACAAGAAACGCAAGCGCCUGGAGAAAUACCAGCAGCAAGUCGUACAAAAGCAGACGGUCGUGAGGCCCAAACUUCUCAGACAUCCGCUACUCUCUGAGACCGGCCUGCAGCGAGAGCUUGGUCGCAGACACUGUCAUGCGCAGGGAGAUGCAGCGUUUGUCCAUGGACUGGAGGCCAAGCAAACAGAAAUCGAAAUCCGAGGCUUCGCCCCUGAGGCCACCAUUCUCACCGACGCUCAUUUGUUGAAUAACGUGUCUCAAAUGCUCGUCGCUGUGAGGCAUGGUGUGGCCUCGCAUGCAAUGUACAUAUUGCACUGCGACGGCGAAUGGGGCCCCAAAAAGACAUACCCGACAAAGCAAGCCAUCCAUGCCUUCCACGAGCCUAUUACCUCGCUUCACUACAUGUCGGAUCCCGCACAUUGGAAUGAAGCCAGCUUUGGUGUGGUUAUGGCCAAUACGGCACAGCCGAACCGAUUCUCGGGCAACUUCUUUUGGUCCUUCAUUUCGGACAUUGGCUCCGAUGAUGAUUUGUCGGAAGACCGCCUUGAAGCCGUGGUUCUGAAUUAUGGCUCGGACACAGACACAAUCUGGGACUGUCAACUCGACGAAAUCAAUACGUAUUUCGCGUUGGGUGGCACGUUUGGCGCCAUAGUCAGGGGAAUUAGCGGCCCUGGCACAGACAGCGCCGUGUUGGAUGCAGAGGAUUCCGGCGAAGUGUUUUCCUUGGACUGGUUGGAUAGGAAAACCAUCGCCCUGGGCAUGAAACCGUUUUGUGAAUCUGAAGGCUACCACAACGUUGCUCUCUGGGAUAUCCGCAACAAGGGAGUCGCGCAACGGAUUCGGCGACGUGACAAAAUCAGCGGUGUCCGCAACCCCGACGCCAGCAGGCACAAUCUCGUCGUCACCAGCAGCCACGACAUCAACCUGUACGACCUGCGUUACGUCUCGAAGAGCGUGCCGUUGAUGUCGAUAGAGCACAAGUCGGGGUCUCCCACCUUUCACAUGUCGAUUUUGGAUGGCGACCUGCUGGCGACCACUGAUUGGAACAACAAACUUCAGGUCUAUUCCCUGAGGUCAGGUACGCUUGUUCGCACGCUGGCUCCGUAUGGAAACCGCAGGGGAAUCAUUUCGAAACCAAGGUGGCAGCAUGAUUUCAGAGGUGUCCCGUAUUUGCAGGCUUGCGUCGGCAAUACUAUUCAGCGAUGGACAUGA